AUGGUUUCAUUGUUAUUCUUGAUUCUUAUCUCUCUGCAUUUUUCAACUCCAUCACUAGCUUAUUACAAUGGCUUUAUGCAAUGUUUUGAUUCCCAUUUAAAAUCCUCCUCUAACAUAAUCUUCACCAGAAAUGAUCCGCAGUAUUCUUCUGUUUUGAAAUCUUCAAUCAGAAAUCUCAGAUUCUUGAACUCAACUCUCAAACCUGAACUAAUUAUCACUCCUACUCAUGAAUCCCACAUUCAGGCAGCCAUUCUUUGUGCCAAGAAACAAAGCUUGCAGGUAAGGAUCCGAAGUGGCGGCCACGACUAUGAGGGUUCAUCCUACUUAUCUCAUCUUCCAUUCAUGAUCAUUGACCUUGUCAACCUCAGGUCCAUCAAUGUUGACGUGGAAAACGAGUGUGCAUGGGUUGAAUCUGGUGCGACAACAGGUGAAUUAUACUAUAAGAUUGCUGAGAAAAGUAAAAGCUACGGUUUCCCAGCUGGGACUUGUCACACUAUUGGAAUCGGAGGACAUAUAAGUGGAGGUGGAUUGAGUGUGAUAUCAAGAAAAUAUGGUUUAGCAGCUGAUAAUGUGAUAGAUGCAAAGAUAAUUGACGCGAGUGGAAGAAUUCUUGAGAGAAAAUCCAUGGGAGAAGAUCUUUUUUGGGCCAUUAGAGGAGGUGGAGGGUCAAGUUUUGGAGUCAUUCUUUCAUGGAAAAUCAAACUCAGUCCAGUUCCGAAAAUAGUGACCGUGUUCAAGAUCGAGAAAACACUGAAACAAGGAGCAAUCAGACUGCUCCAAAAAUGGCAAAACAUUGCAUAUAAGCUACCUAAAGAGAUUUAUCUUCAUGCAACCAUGGAAAACAUCGAUACUACAAGCAAUCCACAUGGAGAACCAAGUAUUAUAAUUUCCUUCGAAGCCUUGUUUCUUGGACAGACUCAGGAACUUCUCCUUGUAGUGCAAGAAGCUUUUCCAGAAUUGGGUUUAUCUAAAGAAGCCUGCAAAGAGAUGAACUGGGUCCAAUCUGUCCUUUACUUUGCUGGAUUCUCGCCAAAUUCUCAUUUCGAUCUAUUGCUUAAUCGCAGUGGACGAACAUCGUUCAAAUCCAAAACAGACUAUGUGAAGAACCCUAUUUCAGAAACUGGUCUAGAAGGUUUAUACAAAUUUGUUCUUGCAGAGAAAAAAUUCCGGGUCCAUUUCGAACCUUACGGAGGAAAAAUCAGUGAGAUUUCUGAUUCCGAAACUCCUUUUCCUCACAGAAGUGGAAUCAUGUAUGGUCUCCAGUAUUCAGAUUUCUGGGAAGAUGAACAAGAAAGUGAGAAACAUAUAAAGUCGAUGAGAAGCUUAUAUAAUUACAUGGGAAAUUAUGUUUCUAAAAAUCCAAGAGCUGCGUAUUUAAAUGGACGGGAUCUUGAUCUGGGCAUGAAUAGAAUUGAUGGGAAUACAAGUUUUGAAGAAGCAAGCACUUGGGGCUUCAAGUAUUUCAAGAAUAAUUUCAAGAGACUUGUUCAUGUGAAAACUGCUGUUGAUCCUUCAAACUUUUUCAAGGAUGAACAGAGCAUUCCAAUAUUAGAGUAA